UAAUGCUAAUGGACCCGGAAAGGUAAAGCAGCACUCCGAAGAUGGCCGGGGUGUUUGAGGUGGAGGUUGAUGGUGUAGAGCACGACCAUGGGCUGGAGCAUCACGAUGAACCGCACCAGUUUGAUGUGUCCAAGCUCUCACCAGAGGAGAAGUGGAGAGUGGAGCAUGCAAGAAUGCAUGCCAAACACAAAGGUCAUGAGGCCAUGCACGCAGAGAUGGUGCUGAUCCUCAUAGUCACCCUUGUCGUCGCCCAGCUAGUCCUUGUGCAGUGGAAACAGAGACAUCCAAAGUCAUACAAUCUGGUGACUCUGUUCCAGAUGUGGGUAGUUCCUCUCUACUUUACUACCAAACUGCACUGGUGGAGGUUCCUGAUCACGUGGUUUAUCUUCUCGGUCAUCACAGCGUACAUCUCCUACCGUGCCACUCGCAAGCCACUGGCCUGCACCACACCCAGGUUGGUGUAUAAGUGGUUCCUCCUUCUCUACAAGAUCAGCUAUGCCACAGGAAUAGUUGGCUACAGUGUCGUCAUGUUUACACUUUUUGGUAUAAAUCUAAUAUUCAGGAUAAAGCCGGAGGAUGCAAUGGACUUUGGCGUUUCACUAUUAUUCUACGGUCUGUACUACGGGGUCCUGGGAAGGGACUUUGCAGAGAUGUGUGCAGACUUCAUGGCUUCAACCGUUGGUUAUUACAGUGCGUCCGGCAUGCCAACCAAGCACCUCUCCGACAAUAUCUGUGCUGUGUGCGGCCAGCCCAUCCUCGUAGAUGUCAGUGAGGAGGGGAUCAUCGAGAACACGUACAGACUAUCAUGCAACCAUGUAUUCCAUGAGUUCUGCAUAAGAGGAUGGUGUAUCGUCGGGAAGAAGCAGAUGUGCCCGUACUGCAAGGAGAAGGUGGAUCUGAAGAGGAUGUUCAGUAACCCCUGGGAGAGGCCACACGUCAUGUAUGGACAACUUUUAGACUGGCUUCGGUACUUGGUGGCCUGGCAGCCUGUCAUUAUUGGAUUUGUGCAAGGCAUCAACUACGUCCUGGGUCUGGAGUGACCUGCGACUCUCAGAAAAUGGACAUACACGCCAUACGGGGAAGAUAUGCACUGGCUCAAAAGACUGAGGGCCUAACAUUGAACUAAAACACCAAUAAAAAGUGUCUAUACUUUUUGUAUAUAUUUAUAGGCACAUAUUACCUGUAUUUUACAGUUUAUUUGAAUUUUAUUGGUAAUCUGAAUUUGGAUGUCUGUGUCAAUUUCCCAGGAUUUGCUUCACACAGCAUUACACCUUGAUAAUUGGUUUGUGCAUCUUUUGGCCUAGUAAAGCGGUUCUAAAAAUCACUAGAGAGGUGCUUUUUACUAAUUUAUGUCUUAAGUGUUUGUUAAUUCUUUAGUUAAAGGACUGUGCUGGAGUUUUUCAUCCUCAUGUCUGAUGGCUAUCACACAUGAGUAAUAAAGGUUGAAUGGAAAUCAAAAUUAGUAAUUGCUCCCUGUGCCUCCAAAACACACACACACACAGACACACAGACACACACACACACACACACACACACACAGUCUCCACAGACUUCCUCUGGCAUCAGUUUGCUGCUGCAUCAUUUAAGGAAUCACCCAUAUAGCUGUUUGACGCUGCCAGUCGUGUCAUGUGACGGGAGGCUUCCUCAUAGUGUGAAAAAGUGUUAAGCGCACUAAAACAGAGGAUUCCUCUUCCAGUAGUUGUUAAGAUGGAACUGGGUAUUACAGGAUUUUAAAAUGUCCUUGCUGUCAUCAUGGAUACUCAUCCAUACCAACGGGGCAAAAACAGUCAUGUUUACUUUGAACUUUACCCCUUGUACGAUAUCUUUCGUCACAAAGUCUGUAUGAUUUAAAGAGGAGGAAUGUCACUGUCUACCAAACAAGGUCUCUAAAUGCAUUUAGCCAUACUGAUAGGUUUGUUUCGGCUGUGCCAGGUGUUAUCUUUGAAACUACUUUUUACCUACGGAAGAGUCGCCAUGAAACUAUUGACAGUGUUCUGAGGAUUAUUCUGAGUUUCUAAAGUGACACAUUGCUGGAUUCUAUGCACUACUAUUAAAAUUUAACUCCACUGUAUUGAAUUGGCAAAAGAAAUCUCAGAGGUGCAUAUCACAAAGCUUGGCCAAAUGAAACCCAAACUAUCGGUAUGACUAAUAAAUAAGAGAGAAAAGGUUUUGGUCAUAUUUGGUGCUGUUGGGACAAGUUUGCAUCAAGGGCUUUCUGCCAGAAAGGGUUUUCUUGGUCAGGGUUAAGGGAAACAAAUGUGGUUUGGGGUUAAAAUGAACAGAUCUCUGGCCGAAAGCCUUCUAAGUAAACUUCUCCUCUGUGCAUAUUUGGUUAACUGUUCUGAAAUUGGAGCGGCCCAGGAAGCACAAACCAAAGCUACGAUUUGAGUUAGUAACUUGGAUAAAACCGUUAAUUCAAACUGAAUUUGAUCAGAAGAGGAGAGAAUGAUGAUUCAGUCAAUGUGAGUGCUGAUGUCUUAUUUUAUGUGAUCUGUUCAAUCCAAGGACCCUUUACAUGUGUAUUUUCUAGUCAUACGUUGCUGGAAGAUGGUUGGUUAUUGGAGGUACUGGUCACAGUAAAUGGCUCAUAAUGUCAGCUAUCUUUUACUUGGACCUCUCUCUCUCCAAACCCACACAGUGAUGGGACCGUGUACAACAAGGCUAACAUGAUCAUUGUUUUUUUGUCAAUGUUUUGAUCAAGAUCAGUUAAUAAAUGUCACAUGGUUUA